AGCAGGGCUGGAGCUGGCACAGACCCACCUGCCUGGUGACCACGAGCCCCAUUGCUGCUGGGUGCGUUCCCAGUCAGAGCACCCUGAAGAGACGGGAUCUGAUGUGUGUGUCUGCAUGGGGCUGCAGGUCGCUGUGCUCUGCAGGAGCUGUUUUAAAAGUUGUUUUAUUUAGCAGCAUUGUGGCUGCAGAAAAAUCUGUAUCUUGCUUCCAGCCCGUUCGCAACUCGUUCUAGAGGGAUGGCAUCCACAAGAGAGCAGGUUUCGGUGCAGUCCCAGAAAAAGCUGUAAACUUAGAUUGGUUGCUAAGAAUUAGAAGGGAACAGCACUGACUGUGUUCACAAGAAGUGCUGGCUGAAGGCAAAAAUAGGAAACGGAGCAGGACCGCAGAGUUUUAUAGCAUGUGUGUAUAUUCUGUUUCUCUUACCUGUAUGCUGAUACUAGAAAAGGACUUAAUACAAUGUUUGUUUUCUUCUUCUAAAAUCUGAAGUUUAUUUUCAAAUACAGUUCUGACCACGGAAAGGAGACAUGCUGGAGCAUCCAUCGCAUCUCUGCUUGAUGCUGAAGGUUUCCUCGUGUUGCAGGACGGCACGAGCAUGGCAUGGACCUGGCAGGUGGGCAGCGGAGCAAACGAAGCAGCCUUGCUCUGGGCAGCGCAGCAGUGCCUUCCUCUCCGAGCUCCCAGCACUGAUACAGCCAACCCACAGCGCACAACGGGGCAGUGCGGGAACACAGCCCCGCCAGGAGCCGCAUCCCCGCCCGGCUCGGGGAGGAGGGCAGCGGGGAGGUGCGGGGCCGCCUCCUGCCGCGGGUGGGGCCGGAGCAGCCCCCAGUGCCGCCGCCUGCCCUGGCCGGAGCCGAGGACCGCGGAGCUGCGGCGAUGGGCUGCGGCCGUGCUGUGUGCGUGCUGCUGGCUGCCGCGCUUCUAACAGCCCGUGCUUUCCCUCAGACCAACAUCAAGAUCAGCCAAGCCCUGCCGGAGCCUGUGCACGCCUACUCCUGCCCUCUCUUCUGGACGGAGUACGAAGGGCACUGCUACCGCUACUUCCCCAUCAACAAAACCUGGGCUGAGGCCGACCUCUACUGCGCUGAGUUCUCCAUUGGCAUCAGGUCAGCGAAGCUGGCCUCCAUUCACAGCUGGGAAGAGAACGUCUUCGUGUAUGACCUGGUGAACAGCCGCGUGCCCGGCAUCCCCACUGACAUCUGGAUGGGGCUCAAUGACCUGCGGCAGGAGGGUCACUUUGAGUGGACGGAUGGCACCUCCUAUGACUACAACUACUGGGACGGCAGCCAGCCCGAUGAUGGCAUCCACUCCAUCCCAGAGGAGGAGGACUGUGUGCAGAUCUGGUACCGGGCCAGCAGCGCGCUGCGCUCCUGGAACGACAACGCCUGCGGCCGGACCUUCCCCUUUGUCUGCAAAAUCCCCUCGCUGGCCCUGGACUGAGCCUGACCAUGUGCCCGGCUUCGUGCUGCCUCAGUGGGGCAGGGCUGGGAUGGAGCAGGCCUCAUGUGCUUUGCCGGGGUAGCAUGGCAUGGAGCAGGCCUCGGGCCUCAUGCUCUUGGCCUCGGCCCUGGAGCUCUGCCCGCUGACAAGCGAGCUGCAGACCAAUGGAAGUCCCCCAGACUUAAGCCUGGGGUCGGGUUUAAAAUAAACUCUCACAGGAAAUCUGUAGGAAA